GGAAGAUGUCGGGUGGGGAGGCUCGCGAUGGAAAGAAGCUGGUUCGCUCGUCCAGCGGGCUCCGCAUGGUGCCCGAGCACCGCGCCGCCCGCAGCCCUUUUGGCCUGGACGAGCCGCCGUGGGUGCCUGACAAGGACUUCUUGUCCCCUAGCACUCCUCUACUUAAACAACAUUGAUGACAUCAUCAUCCUAUGGACCCACUGAAAGGAAUCCCCGUGGAAUUCUUCAAUUUCUACUCAACCAUCAACAUCAGCCUGGACCAUUCCACACAAGAGUUCUACUUCCUGGAUACUACAGUGCAAAUAAGUGAUAGACACAUAAACAUCACCCUGUACUGGAAACCUACUGAUUGCUGUACUUACAUGCCUCCAACUUCUAGGGUACAUCCCAUGAUCCAUUGUCUACAGCCAGGUCCUAAGAUACAGUCACAUUUGCUCCAGUCCCUCAGACAUAAGCAGACACGUACAAGAUCUUUCUCAAGCAUUUAUAGAACUACAAUUCUUACCUGGGGAAAUAAGGAAACCGAUUAACGGAACCGGAUGGGUACCCAGAAGUCACCUACUACUGGUCAAGCCCAACAAGGAAAAUAACAGAACACUACUGGACAUCAUGUACAGACCCAAAUUAAAACUUCUCCAUGUCAUCAGUAAUCUACAGCUAUCCUGGAAAAUAAUCCCUCACUCCCACAGACCUUCGGAGGCAGUGUCCAAGAUGUAUGCAGUGUGAAACUAAGUUUGAUUUCAUAACCAGAAAGCACCACUGCCGGAGAUGUGGGAAGUGCUUUUGUGACAAGUGCUGCAGUAAAAAAGUGCCUCUGCCUCGUAUGUGCUUUGUAGAUCCUGUGCGCCAGUGUGCUGAAUGUGCUCUCAUCUCUCAGAAGGAAACAGAGUUUUAUGACAAGCAGCUUAAAGUGCUUAUGAAUGGUGCUACAUUCGCAGUUGCUCGGGGAACAUCAGAAAAAUCUGAGAUAAUGGUUUGUCGACUUUCCAACAACCAGAGAUAUCUGUUUCUGGAUGGAGACAGCCAUUAUGAAAUUGAAAUUGCACAGAUUUCGACUGUCCAGAUACUUACAGAGGGAUUUACUCCUGGAGAAAAAGAUAUUCACACUUAUACCAGCCUUCUGGAGAGCCAACACAUUACUGAAGGAGGCAAUACUCGUGCCACAGGUAUGCUCCUGCAGUAUAAGGUACCAGGAUCAGAGGAGCUCACACAGAUGAAAUUUACUGCUAGCGAAGACUUCAAUUCUAACAAGAAGUUGUCAGCAGCUUGGCUAGUAGCUAUGCAUAAGGCAGCAAAACUACUUUAUGAAUCCCGGGACCAAUAAUGGCAGCAAGCUGUCAGAGAUCUGAGGGAAGAGACCAGCUUUAAGGAAAACCUGAUUUUCACUUUUUGCAAACUACCUUGAUCCAUGGUAAUUGGUAUUAUGAACCCUCUCUCUCCCAAAUGUGGUUCACUAUGUAAGCACUGGCAAAUGCAAUGUGAGUAUUGAACCAUGAGUAUUCACUUAACUAGUGUGCAAUAUGUAUACAAUUAAUGCUUUAAAUAUAGCCUCAUAUUUAAGACUUUGUAUAUUAUUUUUGUUAAGUCUUAUUGGCACUUAAUAUGGAAAACAAAGUAUGACCUGCACUAUAGCUAAUAUGUAUAGCACAAUUUUUGUAGUAUCAAUUAUGAAUAUUAUAUGUAUCUGUAAGUCUCUUCUACAGAGAAUAGCUUUUUGGAUAUAGAUCUCAGGUUUUUUUCUUAUCCAAAUAUUGAAGAUCAGUGUACAAUGAAAUCUGCCUUAGAUACCCUUUUAUAUAAGUAAGCAUUUUGGGUUCUCAACAUGUGAUAAAACACUUAAAGAUAAGUUUCACCAAAUACCACAGAGUUGUAUGAACAUGACCUCUUGGAGCCAUCCUUGUGUAGAAAAAUAUAAGCUUCCAGAAAAUGAUUUUGAAGUUUUAUAAUCAUUUUACGUGUGGUAAUGAUCUUUUGCUAAUUAAUCUGACUAUUGUAACUGUUUGGACAUAUACAGUAUUUAAUGUACAAAUCUUAUGAUCAUACUUACUGAAAAUAAGCAAAACUCAAGAUAGCAUUCACUAACUUGCUAAAAAACUUAACCUUCAACCUUAAAAUUCAAUAUUUGUGGGUUUGAGUGGAGGAGAGAAUAAGGUUAUUUACAGUGCCCAAAAACGUGCUGUGCCUCCUGUAUAAAUGGUACACUUUAUUGAAGCAAAA